CUUCAAUUGUUGAAGAGAGAAACUCAGUGAUUUUGCUCUGCAGUAGCUUUUUAUCACAGGUGCAGGAGUUGCAGGUUUGACACAAUGAGGUUUUUAAUCUCAUUGUCUGUGUGUUUGCUGUUGUUGAUUUAUGAUGGAAUAACCAUUGGAGUUGCAGAUACAGUAACAACCACUGAUCCAACAACAGUUAUUUUUUCAGCAGUUGAAACAACCACUACAACAACAUCAGCAGUUGAAACAACCACUACAACAACAUCAGCUGGAACAACCAAUGGACCAAUGAUAGGAUGUUCUCAGCCCACAGUGCUCUGCUGUCCUGGUCGCAAUGAUACCUGCUACCGCGGGUGCUAUUGUGAUGAGAUUUGCGUCGCGUUUCGGGACUGUUGUAGUGACUACAUACCGACAUGCUCUCAAUUUUUUACAGUAUCAUCAACUUCGGACCCAUUUUCAUCAUACACACCACCACCACCAAAUUCCACGCAAUCAUCAUCAUCUUCACCUCCACCAUCAACACCAACCUCAGAACAAUCACCUCUCACUACAACCCAAGAAGUUGAUCCCUGCUACAACUACAAUGUGUUGGAUGAUCUCUGGAGAUCCACCAGUAAUCAGGAUUUAUCUCAGAUAAUGUGUGACAGGUUUGUGGAUUGGGCGGGUUGGUAUCGUCUCAUCAUUCAGGGUGAGAGUGUUCAGAUGUCAGACACAUGUGUCCCAGAGUACAGAUGUGGUACUCAUGCACCGCUGUGGUUAAAUGGUGGACAUCCAACGGUUGAAGAUGGAGUGGUCACACGAGACGUCUGUGGUCACUGGAGCGGUGACUGCUGUUAUUUCCACUCCAAUCCCAUUCGAGUCAAAGCCUGUCCAGACAAUUAUUAUGUCUAUGAGUUUGUGAGACCAACCGGCUGCUAUUUGGCAUACUGUGCAGAUACUACAAACAUUAUGACGACUCCAACCUCAAUCAUAGAAACUACAACUGUACCUACAACUCUCAGCUAUGACCCAUGCUAUCAGUAUAACAUUAUGGAUGAAUAUUGGAGAGACAUACAGCUAAACCCAUAUCAGGACUAUGGACAUGAUGACUCUACUGUUGAGUGGAACGGCUGGUAUCGACUGUAUUUGAAUGGAACAAAUGCUCAGAUGUCUGAAUGGUGUGUGACUAAUAUGGGAUGUGGUGGUUAUACUGGACUGUAUCUCAGCGGUUCUCAUCCACGACUUGAGGAUGGAGUAGUGACCCGUGAGGUUGUUGGAAACAGUUUGUGGUGGUGGUACUCAAACCAGUGUGGUCAGUACAGCUCCAACCCCAUCCAAGUCAAAGCCUGUCCAGGAGAUUAUUAUGUCUAUAAACUCGUCACACCAGAUGUGUCAAUCUACAGACCUUCAUACUGUGCAGUUGCUUUCAGCAGCAUCAUCAAUGAUCCCUGUUACAACUAUGAGUCUCUGGAUCGUCCCUGGAGAGCAACAACUGAAAGUGGAUUGUACAUUUGUGAUGACUCUUACUCUUGGAAUGGCUGGUACAGACUUUAUAAUUAUGGGAUGAACAUCCAAAUGGCAGAGAGCUGUGUUAGUGCAUACAGCUGUAACACAUACUUGGGUCUGUCACUCAAUGGUCCUCAUCCUCAGAUAGAAGAUGGGGUGGUGACCCGUGAGAUCUGUGGGUCAAGUUAUUGGGGUGGUUGCUGUGAUGUGAAGUCAAAACCCAUCAGAGUUAAAGCCUGUCCAGGAAAUUACUAUGUAUAUGAAUUUGUGAAACCAAUAAACUGGUGUUCGGGAUACUGCACAGACAUCAGCACUGUGUCACAGACAGAUUUUACAACUCCAGCUGUGAUUCCUGGAUUCAGCAGCACAUUAGGUGAUCCAUGCUCAAGCUACAACAUACUGGAUGACUACUGGAGAGACACACAAGAUUACUGGUAUUGGUAUGGAUGGAUAGGUGAACAUGAUGACACUCGUGUAAAAUGGGACGGCUGGUAUCGACUCCUCAUCAAUGGAUCGAGUGCUCAGAUGCCUGACUGGUGUAUUCCUUAUAUGUCAUGUGGAGGUUAUACUUCUCUGUGGCUUGCUGGUUCUCAUCCUGGAGUAGAAGAUGGAGUUGUUACUCGUGAAGUUCACGGCUCUUAUUAUGAUCAGUGCAGUCGUUUCACAUCAAACCCAAUCCAAGUCAAAGCUUGUCCUGGAGAUUAUUAUGUCUACAAAUUCACCAGACCAAACGUAGAGAUCCCACUUCCUACAUAUUGUGCAGUUGUUUUCAGCACUCCAGGUGUUGACCCCUGUGACAGCUACACCAGUCUGGAUGAACCCUGGAGAUCCACUGAUAAUUAUUACUAUAACUAUUACAACUACUAUAAUGUCAUGUGUGAUUAUAAUGUCAAUUGGAACGGCUGGUACAGACUUUUCCUCAAUGGUCAGAGUACUCAGAUGUCAGAAUCAUGCGUCGGUCAGGGGAUGUGUGGCACUUAUUACCCAAUGUUCCUCAAAGAUCCUCAUCCACAGCUGGAAGAUGGAGUGGUCAGACGACACGUCUGUGUGUCUGGAUGGAACGGCUGCUGUGGUUAUGAAUCUCAUCCCAUACAAGUCAAAGCCUGUCCAGGAAAUUACUACGUUUAUGAGUUUGUCAAACCAUUCGAAUGCUCAGCUUAUUGUGCAGUUAGUAACACAUUGACAACAACAACAACACCACAGACAACAACACAGACAACAACACAGACAACAACACAGACAACCGAGACCUCAACCACACAAUCCUCUCCUCCACCCAUCGCAAACACUGGCUCAUGUUCUCAGCCCUCAAUGCUCUGCUGUCCUGGACAAAAUAACGGCUGCUAUCGCGGGUGUUAUUGUGAUGUGGCCUGUCUCACAUUUCAUGACUGCUGCAGUGACUACGUUCAGACAUGCACUUCAAUUUCAGUUAAUGGUACGGUGGCUCCUGUAUCAACAACUCCAUACUCAACACCAACACCACCAUCACCAAUGAUGACCUCUCAUUCAGGACUCACACCUGAAUCACAAACAACAGAAGUUGAUCCCUGCUCCAACUACAGUGUAUUGGAUGAUCUCUGGAGAUCCACCAGUAAUCAGGAUUUAUCUCAGAUAAUGUGUGACGUGUAUGUGGAUUGGACGGGUUGGUAUCGACUCAUCAUUCAGGGUGAGAGUGUUCAGAUGCCAGACACAUGUGUCCCAGAGUACAGAUGUGGUACUUAUGCACCACUGUGGUUAAAUGGUGGACAUCCAUCGGUUGAAGAUGGAGUGGUCACACGAGACGUCUGUGGUCACUGGAACGGUGACUGCUGUUAUAUCCACUCCAAUCCCAUUAGAGUCAAAGCCUGUCCAGACAAUUAUUAUGUCUAUGAGUUUGUGAGUCCUAUAUCCUGCUAUUUGGCAUACUGUGCAGAUGUUACAAACAUUAUGACGACUCCAACCUCAAUCAUAGAAACUACAACUGUACCUACAACUCUCAGCUAUGACCCAUGCUAUCAGUAUAACGCUAUUGAUGAAUAUUGGAGAGAUAUACGGCUGAACACAUAUCAGGACUAUGGACAUGACGACACUAUUGUUGAGUGGAACGGCUGGUAUCGACUGUAUUUGAAUGGAACAAGUGCUCAGAUGUCUGAAUGGUGUUUUACUUCAAUGGGUUGUGGUGGUGAAACUGGACUGUAUCUCAGCGGUUCUCAUCCACGACUUGAGGAUGGAGUGGUGACCCGUGAGGUUUUGGGAAGCAAUAUAUGGUGGUGGUACUACGGCCAAUGUGGUCAGUACAGCUCCAACCCCAUCCAAGUCAAAGCCUGUCCAGGAGAUUAUUAUGUCUAUAAACUCGUCACACCAGAUGUUUCAACCUACAGACCUUCAUACUGUGCAGUUGCUGUCAGCAGUAUCAUUGAUGAUCCCUGUUACAACUAUGAGUCUCUGGAUCGUCCCUGGAGAGCAACAACUGAAAGUGGAUUGUACGUUUGUGAUGAAUCUUUCUCCUGGAAUGGCUGGUACAGACUUUAUCAUUAUGGGAUGAACAUCCAAAUGGCAGAAACUUGUGUUAAUGCAUACAGUUGUAACACAUACUUGGGUCUGACGCUCAAUGGGCAUCACCCUCAGAUAGAAGAUGGGGUGGUGAUCCGUGAGGUCUGUGCAGGAUAUUAUUGGGGUGGUUGCUGUGAUUACAAAUCAAAACCCAUCAGAGUUAAAGCCUGUCCAGGAGAUUACUAUGUCUAUGAACUUGUAAAACCAAUAGACUGGUGCUCAGGAUACUGCACAGACAUCAGCACUGCAUCCCAGACCAAUUUCACAACUCCAGCUGUGACUCCUGGAUUCACCAGCACCUUUGGUGAUCCAUGCUCAAGCUACAACAUACUGGAUGAGUACUGGAGAGACACACAUGAUUACUACUAUUGGUAUGGAUGGAUAGCUGGACAUGAUGACACCAUUGUUAAAUGGGACGGCUGGUAUCGACUUUUCAUCAAUGGAUCGAGUGCUCAGAUGCCUGACUGGUGUGCUCCUUAUAUGACAUGUGGAGGUUUCAGUUCUCUGUGGCUUGCUGGUUCUCAUCCUGGAGUAGAAGAUGGAGUUGUUACUCGUGAAAUCCACGGCUCUUAUUAUGAUCAGUGCAAUCAUUACACUUCAAACCCAAUCCAAGUCAAAGCUUGUCCUGAAGAUUAUUAUGUCUACAAAUUCACCAGACCAAACGUAGAGAUACCACUCCCUACAUAUUGUGCAGUUGUUUUCAGCACUCCAAGUGUCGACCCCUGUGACAACUACACCAGUCUGGAUGAACCCUGGAGAUCCACUGAUAAUUAUUACUAUAACUAUUACAACUACUAUAAUGUCAUGUGUGAUUAUAAUGUCAAUUGGAACGGCUGGUACAGACUUUUCCUCAAUGGUCAGAGUGCUCAGAUGUCAGAAUCAUGUGUCACUUGGGGGAUGUGUGGCACUUAUUACCCAAUGUUCCUCAAAGAUCCUCAUCCACAGCUGGAAGAUGGAGUGGUCAGACGACACGUCUGUGUGUCCUCAUGGAACGGCUGCUGUGGUUCUGAAUCUCAUCCCAUACAAGUCAAAGCCUGUCCAGGAAAUUACUACGUUUAUGAGUUUGUCAAACCAUUGGACUGCUCUGCUUACUGUGCAGUGAGUAACACAGUGACGACAACAACAACACAGACAACAACAACAACACAGACAACAACACAGACAACAACACAGACAACAACAACCACCCAACCCACUACUUCACCCAUCACAACCACUGGCCCAAUUCCAUUUUAUCCAUUUGGAGCUGGAGACAUAGAAAAUGGACGCAUUGAUGAUGGAAGUUCUUCAGUCAUCUACCUCCUGCAACCGUUUAUAUUUUUUGGACACACAUACAACCAAAUUUAUGUCAACAACAAUGGACACUUGACUUUUGAUGGACCAUGGUACAGCUACUCCCCAUACAGCUUCCCAGGUCAUGAUGGCAAAGACAUAAUCGCUCCAUUCUGGACUGAUAUUGAUAACCGUGGGAACGGUGUGAUCUCAUAUCAGCAGUACACCUCUGGCGAUGUCCUGACACAAGCUACACAAGACAUAAAUCAAUACUUCCCUGAUCUGAGCUUUUCUGCUUCAUGGGUCUUUGUUGCAACUUGGGACAGAGUGGCAUAUUAUUCAUAUUCAGGAACUGAAACAUCUUUCCAAGUGGUUUUGAUUUCAAAUGGCCAUCUCUCAUUUGUUUUAAUGAACUAUGGUAGAAUUGCUCCAUCACAGCGAUAUGUACAGGCCGGUUAUGACAACAUGGACUCCAGCUAUUAUUUCUCAGUUACUGGAUCACUCCAGACUGACUUCACAGGCUUAUCAUACAGCAGCAAUGUCAAUGUUCUAGGCAGAUGGGCCUUCAGAACAGAUUAUGGACCACAGGGCUGUCAGUUCAAUGAUUUUUCAGUGCAAUUGGGAGAUUCUUUCUGGAGUGAUGCCACCUGUCAGGAGAGAUGCACCUGUACCAGCAGAGGCCUCCAGUGCAGUCUGGAACCCUGCACUUAUUCCCAAGCAUGCCGUGCAGCAGCUUUCCAAUACUCUUGUCAGAACAUUCCAAGGCAAACCUGCACCAUCGCAGGAGAUCCUCACUACUACACCUUUGACAAUCAGAUUUUUCACUUUCAGGGAACUUGCACCUACGUUCUCUCUGAGGCUUGUGGAAAUGGUUUGCCAAACUAUCGCAUUGAGGGCAAAAAUGAUCAUAGAGGUAGUACACAUGUGUCUUGGACUCGAAUGGUCAGAGUGUUUGUGUAUGAUCAAGAAAUUGAACUGAUUAAAGAUCACUAUUAUGAGGCAAAGGUUAACGGUACCUUUAGAGCAACACCAUUCACACUGAACAAUGGCUCCAUCCAGGUCUAUCAGUCAGGUUUCACCUUGGUCAUCAGCACAGACUUUGGUGUGGUUGUUGCAUAUGAUGCAUACAGCUGGGUCACAAUCUCUGUACCUUAUGAAUAUCAGAACGCCACAUGUGGUCUGUGUGGAAACUUUAACCUGCAUCCUGAAGAUGAUUUCCAUUCUCCAUCUGGAGAGAUACUGAGCUCAGAUGUGGACUUUGCCAACUCGUGGCAGGUAGAGGGAGACACAGACCCUGAAUGUCAUAAUGUCAGGUGCACUGGUCUGGCUUGUGCUAAUUGUAAUACAAAUGACAUGAGUGUUUACAGUGAUGCAAACCACUGCGGGAUCCUAGGAGAUGUUUUUGGUCCUUUUGCUGCCUGCCACUCUGUGCUUGCACCACAGACGUAUGUAGAGAACUGUGUCUACGAUCUUUGCCUAGGAGGAGGAUACCAACCGAUUCUGUGUCAGGCUCUCAAUGUGUAUGCUGCUCAAUGCCAACAACAGGGGGUACAACUAGGCCAGUGGAGACAACAGGGAUUUUGUGAGAUUAAUUGCCCUAUUGAGCACAGUCAUUUUGAGGCCCAAGGAACAAGCUGCCCAGCCACCUGCAGUGAUCCCUCUGCUCCAAUAAACUGUCCAUUGCCCAAUCAGGAGAGCUGUAUCUGUGAUGAUGGGUACGUUCUCAGUGCUGGGACAUGUGUACCUGAAGCAGACUGUGGAUGCACCUUUGAGGGAUUCUAUUAUGCUGAGGGACAGUCAGUAGUGUUGGAUGAGGACUGUGGCAGGCAAUGUGUUUGCAGCAGCAUGACAAUGAUCUGCUAUCAGCAUCAGUGUGGUCCAGCAGAGGUGUGUGAAGUUCAUAAUGGUCAGAGAGGCUGCAGACCCACCAGCUAUGCUACUUGUUCAGUUGAAGGCCUGGGUUCAUAUCACACCUUUGAUGGACAAACUUUCAGAUAUCCUGGAGCUUGUGGACUGACCCUUGCAAGGGUUAUGGCGCCAUCCCAACUGCCAUCCUUUGCUUUGACAGUGGAGAAAGUGCCUAGAGGCCUUCAAGGUUUUGCUAGGUUCCUGAAGUUUGAGGCAGAAGGAACUCAGGUCCUCAUAGAAAUGGGAGAAGGUAGCAAUGUACAGGUGGAUGGACAGAUGGUUGGUUUGCCCAUCAGUGUUGGUUCCAGUCAGAUCCGUAUCUAUCACAGCAGUGUGAGGGGAUUUGUUCUGGAAACAAACUUUGGGGUGACCAUCAGAGCUGACUGGCCACACAUUGUCCGAAUCACAGCACCAAGCACUUACAGUGGUACACUUGGAGGUCUAUGUGGAAACUUCAAUGAAAACAUUAACGAUGAGUUUUACAGCCCAGACGGUGUCCUACAGAACGACACCCAGACAUUUGCAGACAGUUGGCGUGAUGGGUCCCUAUCAGCCCACUGUGAGGACCCAGCUGACCUCUGGGAACCAGGACAAUAUCAGAACAGCAGUCAGUUCAGUGAGCAUUGCAACAUCAUGAUGAUGCCUGAUGGACCAUUUGCUGAGUGCAGCAGAACACUAGACCCUUCACAACGCAUACAAGGUUGCAUUCAGAUGUUGGAGCAGACAAGAGGUGCCAGAGAGGCUCUAUGUGAGUCCCUGCGGGGAUACACACUACUUUGCCAACAGAAAGGCAUCACAGUUGGAGAGUGGAGGAGCAUUACCUACUGUGAUCCCAUCUGUCCACUAAAUACCCAUUAUGAAUUGUGUGGCACAUCCUGUCCUGCAUCCUGCCCUAGUCUCUCGUUUCCCUUUCAGUACACCUUGCAGUGCCAGGAGGGUUGCCAGUGUAAUGAUGGACUUGUUCUGAAUGGAGAUCAGUGUGUGCCUCCAACAGGUUGUGGUUGCCACUAUGUUGGACGUUAUCGGCAGCCUGGAGAGCAGUUCUGGCAUGGUGAAGAAUGUCAGUCUUUGUGUGUUUGUGAUGGAAUUACUGGAAAUGUCCAAUGCACACCAUCAUCUUGCAGUGAACAAGAAGUCUGCCGUGUGGUGGAUGGAGAGUACGGCUGUCAUCCCAAUCCACAUGCUAGCUGUUCUGCUUCAGGAGACCCACAUUAUGUAUCUUUUGAUGGAACCUACUUUGAUUUUCAGGGCACAUGCAGAUAUGUGCUGGCCACAGUAUGUAAUGACACUCGUGGGCUUCCGGUCUUCCAGGUUGACGCACGAAAUGAGGCGUGGUGGGGAUCCUCAGUUUCAGUUACCAUUCAAGUUUUUGUCAAUGUCUCUGGGCAUCUUGUGAACAUGACACAGGACAUGAAUGGUUAUUCUUCUGUUCAGAUUGAUGGAGAGAUCAGAAAUCUCCCAAUCCUACUUGACUCUGGCAGGGUAUCGGUCUACUCCACUGGAUCACAAAUAGUUGUUUCAACUGACUUUGGUUUCAGUGUGACUUACGGCUUCUGGGCAGUAAACAUCAUUGUACCUGCAGACUACAGAGGAGUUACGUGUGGACUCUGUGGCAACUUUAAUGGUCAUACAGAAGAUGACUUCAUGACUCCUUCAGGUUCUUUGGCACCAUCUGCAGAUCAGUUUGGGGCAGAAUGGAAGGUUGAGGAGGAAGUGCAAUGCAAUUAUAGAUCUGGAGAUGAUGGUCCAUUGUGCCAAGAUCAGACCAUUGCUCAAAGUCUGUGUGAGAUCAUCAGGAACAACCAGGGCCCAUUCAGCUUCUGCCAUGCCGUUGUAGAUCCACAAGCAUACUUUAAUGACUGUUCAUUUGAUGUGUGCCUCUCUGGAAACAGUAAUGAUGUCUUGUGCCACUCUUUGGAAUCCUAUAUGAGGGCUUGUCAAUAUGUCAAUGUUGUUGUCUUCCCCUGGAGAGAAAGUGCAUCCUGUGUCAUGCCGUGUCAGUUAGAGAACAGCCACUAUGAGUUGUGUGGCACAGACUGCGGUCAUACGUGUGCCAGCAGUGUUGAUGCUAGCUGUGAACACACAUGUUCAGAGGGUUGUUUCUGUAAUGAUGGAUUUGUAAGGAGCUCAGGACUCUGUGUACCUGUAGAGGAAUGUGGCUGCUUGUAUGAUGGAUUCUACUAUCAUAUUGGUGAACAGUUCUUAAGUUCAGAAUGUUCUCAACACUGUGAGUGUUUUGGCCCGAAUGAUCUGCGUUGUUCUGCAUCCUCUUGCCCACCGACUAUGGAGUGUACAGUCAGAAAUGGAUAUCGUGGCUGCUAUGAUGGUUGGGGCUUUACUCCUACUACUGUUGUACCGACGACAACUUCAAUUAGAGAAACCACUGACACAGAUGGUCGAGGCUUUACUCAUACUACUGUUGAAACCACUGACAAUAUAACUGUCCCAUUUUACCCAUUUGGAUCUGGAGACACAGUAAAUGAACGCUCUGAUGAUGGAAGUUCUUCAGUCAUCUACCUCCUCCAACCGUUUAUAUUUUUUGGACACACAUACAACCAAAUUUAUGUCAACAACAAUGGACACUUGACUUUUGAUGGACCAUGGUACAGCUGGUCUCCAUACAGCUUCCCAGGUCAUGGUGGCAAAGACAUCAUUGCUCCAUUCUGGACUGAUCUUGAUAAUCGUGGGAACGGUGUGAUCUCAUAUCAGCAGUACACCUCUGGCGAUGUCCUGACACAAGCUACACAAGACAUAAACCAAUACUUCCCUGAUCUGAGCUUCUCUGCUUCAUGGGUCUUUGUUGCAACUUGGGACAGAGUGGCAUAUUAUCCAUAUUCAGGAACUAAAACUUCAUUCCAAGUGGUUUUGAUUUCAAAUGGCCAUCUCUCAUUUGUUUUAAUGAACUAUGGUAGAAUUGCUCCAUCACAGCGAUAUGUACAGGCCGGUUAUGAAAACAUGGACUCCAGCUAUUAUUUCUCAAUUACUGGAUCACUCCAGACUGACUUCACAGGCUUAACACAAAGCACCGAUGUCAAUGUUCUAGGCAGAUGGGCCUUCAGAACAGAUUAUGGACCACAGGGCUGUCAGUUCAAUGGUUUUUCAGUGCAAUUGGGAGAUUCUUUCUGGAGUGGUGCCACCUGUCAGGAGAGAUGCACCUGUACCAGCAGAGGCCUCCAGUGCAGUCUGGAACCCUGCACUUAUUCCCAAGCAUGUCGUGCAGCAGCUUUCCAAUACUCUUGUCAGAACAUUCCAAGACAAACCUGCACCAUCUCUGGAGAUCCUCACUACUACACCUUUGACAAUCAGAUUUUUCACUUUCAGGGAACUUGCACCUACGUUCUCUCUGAGGCUUGUGGAAAUGGUUUGCCAUACUAUCGCAUUGAGGGCAAAAACGAUCACAGAGGUAGUACACAUGUGUCAUGGACUCGGAUGGUCAGAGUGUUUGUGUAUGAUCAAGAAAUUGAACUGAUUAAAGAUCACUAUUAUGAGGCAAAGGUUAACGGUACCUUUAGAGCAACACCAUUCACACUGAACAAUGGCUCCAUCCAGGUCUAUCAGUCAGGUUUCACCUUGGUCAUCAGCACAGACUUUGGUGUGGUUGUUGCAUAUGAUGCAUACAGCUGGGUCACAAUCUCUGUACCUUAUGAAUAUCAGAACGCCACAUGUGGUCUGUGUGGAAACUUUAACCUGCAUCCUGAAGAUGAUUUCCAUUCUCCUUCUGGAGAGAUACUGAGCUCAGAUGUGGACUUUGCCAACUCGUGGCAGGUAGAGGGAGACACAGACCCUGAAUGUCAUAUUGUCAGGUGCACUGGUCUGGCUUGUGCUAAUUGUAAUACAAAUGACAUGAGUGUUUACAGUGAUGCAAACCACUGCGGGAUCCUAGGAGAUGUUUUUGGUCCUUUUGCUGCCUGCCACUCUGUGCUUGCACCACAGACGUAUGUAGAGAACUGUGUCUACGAUCUUUGCCUAGGAGGAGGAUACCAACCGAUUCUGUGUCAGGCUCUCAAUGUGUAUGCUGCUCAAUGCCAACAACAGGGGGUACAACUAGGCCAGUGGAGACAACAGGGAUUUUGUGAGAUUAAUUGCCCUAUUGAGCACAGUCAUUUUGAGGCCCAAGGAACAAGCUGCCCAGCCACCUGCAGUGAUCCCUCUGCUCCAAUGAACUGUCCAUUGCCCAAUCAGGAGACCUGUAUCUGUGAUGAUGGGUACGUUCUCAGUGCUGGGACAUGUGUACCUGAAGCAGCCUGUGGGUGCACCUUUGAGGGAUUCUAUUAUGCUGAGGGACAGUCAGUAGUGUUGGAUGAGGACUGUGGCAGGCAAUGUGUUUGCAGCAGCAUGACAAUGAUCUGCUAUCAGCAUCAGUGUGGUCCAGCAGAGGUGUGUGAAGUUCAUAAUGGUCAGAGAGGCUGCAGACCCACCAGCUAUGCUACUUGUUCAGUUGAAGGCCUGGGUUCAUAUCACACCUUUGAUGGACAAACUUUCAGAUAUCCUGGAGCUUGUGGACUGACCCUUGCAAGGGUUAUGGCGCCAUCCCAACUGCCAUCCUUUGCUUUGACAGUGGAGAAAGUGCCUAGAGGCCUUCAAGGUUUUGCUAGGUUCCUGAAGUUUGAGGCAGAAGGAACUCAGGUCCUCAUAGAAAUGGGAGAAGGUAGCAAUGUACAGGUGGAUGGACAGAUGGUUGGUUUGCCCAUCAGUGUGGGUUCCAGUCAGAUGCGCAUCUAUCACAGCAGUGUGAGGGGAUUUGUUCUGGAAACAAACUUUGGGGUGACCAUUAGAGCUGACUGGCCACACAUUGUCCGAAUCACAGCACCAAGCACUUACAGUGGUACACUCGGAGGUCUAUGUGGAAACUUCAAUGAAGACAUUAACGAUGAGUUUUACAGCCCAGACGGUGUCCUACAGAACGACACCCAGACAUUUGCAGACAGUUGGCGUGAUGGGUCCCUAUCAGCCCACUGUGAGGACCCAGCUGACCUCUGGGAACCAGGACAAUAUCAGAACAGCAGUCAGUUCAGUGAGCAUUGCAACAUCAUGAUGAUGCCUGAUGGACCAUUUGCUGAGUGUAGCAGAACACUAGACCCUUCACAACGCAUACAAGGUUGCAUUCAGAUGUUGGAGCAGACAAGAGGUGCCAGGGAGGCUCUAUGUGAGUCCCUGCGGGGAUACACACUGCUCUGCCAACAGAAAGGCAUCACAGUUGGAGAGUGGAGGAGCAUUACCUACUGUGAUCCCAUCUGUCCACUAAAUACCCAUUAUGAAUUGUGUGGCACAUCCUGUCCUGCAUCCUGCCCUAGUCUCUCAUUUCCCUUUCAGUACACCUUGCAGUGCCAGGAGGGUUGCCAGUGUAAUGAUGGACUUGUUCUGAAUGGAGAUCAGUGUGUGCCUCCAACAGGUUGUGGUUGCCACUAUGUUGGACGUUAUCGGCAGCCUGGAGAGCAGUUCUGGCAUGGUGAAGAAUGUCAGUCUUUGUGUGUUUGUGAUGGAAUUACUGGAAAUGUCCAAUGCACACCAUCAUCUUGCAGUGAACAAGAAGUCUGCCGUGUGGUGGAUGGAGAGUACGGCUGUCAUCCCAAUCCACAUGCUAGCUGUUCUGCUUCAGGAGACCCACAUUAUGUAUCUUUUGAUGGAACCUACUUUGAUUUUCAGGGCACAUGCAGAUAUGUGCUGGCCACAGUAUGUAAUGACACUCGUGGGCUUCCGGUCUUCCAGGUGGACGCAAGAAAUGAGGCAUGGUGGGGAUCCUCAGUUUCAGUUACCGUUCAAGUUUUUGUCAAUGUCUCUGGGCAUCUUGUGAACAUGACACAGGACAUGAAUGGUUAUUCUUCUGUUCAGAUUGACGGAGAGAUCAGAAAUCUCCCAAUCCUACUUGACUCUGGCAGGGUAUCGGUCUACUCCACUGGAUCACAAAUAGUUGUUUCAACUGACUUUGGUUUCAGUGUGACUUACGGCUUCUGGGCAGUAAACAUCAUUGUACCUGCAGACUACAGAGGAGUUACGUGUGGACUCUGUGGCAACUUUAAUGGUCUUACAGAAGAUGACUUCAUGACUCCUUCAGGUUCUUUGGCACCAUCAGCAGAUCAGUUUGGGGCAGAAUGGAAGGUUGAGGAGGAAGUGCAAUGCAAUGAUAGAUCUGGAGAUGAUGGUCCAUUGUGCCAAGAUCAGACCAUUGCUCAAAGUCUGUGUGAGAUCAUCAGGGACAACCAGGGCCCAUUCAGCUUCUGCCAUGCUGUUGUAGAUCCACAAGCAUACUUUAAUGACUGUUCAUUUGAUGUGUGCCUCUCUGGAAACAGUAAUGAUGUCUUGUGCCACUCUUUGGAAUCCUAUAUGAGGGCUUGUCAAUCUGUCAAUGUUGUUGUCUUCCCCUGGAGAGAAAGUGCAUCCUGUGUCAUGCCGUGUCAGUUAGAGUACAGCCACUAUGAGUUGUGUGGCACAGACUGCGGUCAUACGUGUGCCAGCAGUGUUGAUGCUAGCUGUGAACACACAUGUUCAGAGGGUUGUUUCUGUAAUGAUGGAUUUGUGAGGAGCUCAGGACUCUGUGUACCUGUAGAGGAAUGUGGCUGCUUGUAUGAUGGAUUCUACUAUCAUAUUGGUGAACAGUUCUUAAGUUCAGAAUGUUCUCAACACUGUGAGUGUUUUGGCCCGAAUGAUCUGCGUUGUUCUGCAUCCUCUUGCCCACCGACUAUGGAGUGUACAGUCAGAAAUGGAUAUCGUGGCUGCUAUGAUGGUUGGGGCGUUACUCCUACUACUGUUGUACCGACGACAACUUCAGUUAGAGAAACCACUGACACAGAUGGUCGAGGCUUUACUCAUACUACUGUUGAAACCACUGACAAUAUAACUGUCCCAUUUUACCCAUUUGGAUCUGGAGACACAGUAAAUGAACGCUCUGAUGAUGGAAGUUCUUCAGUCAUCUACCUCCUCCAACCGUUUAUAUUUUUUGGACACACAUACAACCAAAUUUAUGUCAACAACAAUGGACACUUGACUUUUGAUCAACCAUGGUACAGCUGGUCUCCAUACAGCUUCCCAGGUCAUGGUGGCAAAGACAUCAUCGCUCCAUUCUGGACUGAUCUUGAUAAUCGUGGGAACGGUGUGAUCUCAUAUCAGCAGUACACCUCUGGCGAUGUCCUGACACAAGCUACACAAGACAUAAACCAAUACUUCCCUGAUCUGAGCUUCUCUGCUUCAUGGGUCUUUGUUGCAACUUGGGACAGAGUGGCAUAUUAUCCAUAUUCAGGAACUAAAACAUCAUUCCAAGUGGUUUUGAUUUCAAAUGGCCAUCUCUCAUUUGUUAUAAUGAACUAUGGUAGAAUUGCUCCAUCACAGCGAUAUGUACAGGCCGGUUAUGAAAACAUGGACUCCAGCUAUUAUUUCUCAAUUACUGGAUCACUCCAGACUGACUUCACAGGCUUAACACAAAGCACCAAUGUCAAUGUUCUAGGCAGAUGGGCCUUCAGAACAGAUUAUGGACCACAGGGCUGUCAGUUCAAUGGUUUUUCAGUGCAAUUGGGAGAUUCUUUCUGGAGUGAUGCCACCUGUCAGGAGAGAUGCACCUGUACCAGCAGAGGCCUCCAGUGCAGUCUGGAACCCUGCACUUAUUCCCAAGCAUGUCGUGCAGCAGCUUUCCAAUACUCUUGUCAGAACAUUCCAAGACAAACCUGCACCAUCUCUGGAGAUCCUCACUACUACACCUUUGACAAUCAGAUUUUUCACUUUCAGGGAACUUGCACCUACGUUCUCUCUGAGGCUUGUGAAAAUGGUUUGCCAUACUAUCGCAUUGAGGGCAAAAACGAUCACAGAGGUAGUACACAUGUGUCAUGGACUCGGAUGGUCAGAGUGUUUGUGUAUGAUCAAGAAAUUGAACUGAUUAAAGAUCACUAUUAUGAGGCAAAGGUUAACGGUACCUUUAGAGCAACACCAUUCACACUGAACAAUGACUCAAUCCAGGUCUAUCAGUCAGGUUUCACCUUGGUCAUCGCCACAAACUUUGGUUUAGUUGUUUCAUAUGAUGCUUACAGCUGGGUCACAAUCUCUGUACCUUAUGAAUAUCAGAACGCCACAUGUGGUCUGUGUGGAAACUUUAACCUGCAUCCUGAAGAUGAUUUCCGUUCUCCUUCUGGAGAGAUACUGAGCUCAGAUGUGGACUUUGCCAACUCGUGGCAGGUAGAGGGAGACACAGACCCUGAAUGUCAUAAUGUCAGGUGCACUGGUCUGGCUUGUGCUAAUUGUAAUACAAAUGAUAUGAGUGUUUACAGUGAUGCAAACCACUGCGGGAUCCUAGGAGAUGUUUUUGGUCCUUUUGCUGCCUGUCACUCUGUCCUUGCACCACAGACCUAUGUAGAGAACUGUGUCUACGAUCUUUGCCUAGGAGGAGGAUACCAACCAAUUCUGUGUCAGGCUCUCAAUGUGUAUGCUGCUCAAUGCCAACAACAGGGGGUACAACUAGGCCAGUGGAGACAACAGGGAUUUUGUGAGAUUCAAUGCCCUAUUGAGCACAGCCACUUUGAGGCCCAAGGAACAAGCUGCCCAGCCACCUGCAGUGAUCCCUCUGCUCCAAUGAACUGUCCAUUGCCCAAUCAGGAGAGCUGUAUCUGUGAUGAUGGGUACGUUCUCAGUGCUGGGACAUGUGUACCUGAAGCAGCCUGUGGGUGCACCUUUGAGGGAUUCUAUUAUGCUGAGGGACAGUCAGUAGUGUUGGAUGAGGACUGUGGCAGGCAAUGUGUUUGCAGCAGCAUGACAAUGAUCUGCUAUCAGCAUCAGUGUGGUCCAGCAGAGGUGUGUGAGGUUCAUAAUGGUCAGAGAGGCUGCAGACCCACCAGCUAUGCUACUUGUUCAGUUGAAGGCCUGGGUUCAUAUCACACCUUUGAUGGACAAACUUUCAGAUAUCCUGGAGCUUGUGGACUGACCCUUGCAAGGGUUAUGGCGCCAUCCCAACUGCCAUCCUUUGCUUUGACAGUGGAGAAAGUGCCUAGAGGCCUUCAAGGUUUUGCUAGGUUCCUGAAGUUUGAGGCAGAAGGAACUCAGGUCCUCAUAGAAAUGGGAGAAGGUAGCAAUGUACAGGUGGAUGGACAGAUGGUUGGUUUGCCCAUCAGUGUUGGUUCCAGUCAGAUCCGUAUCUAUCACAGCAGUGUGAGGGGAUUUGUUCUGGAAACAAACUUUGGGGUGACCAUCAGAGCUGACUGGCCACACAUUGUCCGAAUCACAGCACCAAGCACUUACAGUGGUACACUCGGAGGUCUAUGUGGGAACUUCAAUGAAAACAUUAACGAUGAGUUUUACAGCCCAGAUGGUGUCCUACAGAACGACACCCAGACAUUUGCAGACAGUUGGCGUGAUGGGUCCCUAUCAGCCCACUGUGAGGACCCAGCUGACCUCUGGGAACCAGGACAAUAUCAGAACAGCAGUCAGUUCACUGAGCAUUGCAACAUCAUGAUGAUGCCUGAUGGACCAUUUUCUGAGUGCAGCAGAACACUAGACCCUUCACAACGCAUACAAGGUUGCAUUCAGAUGUUGGAGCAGACAAGAGGUGCCAGGGAGGCUCUAUGUGAGGCCCUGCGGGGAUACACACUGCUCUGCCAACAGAAAGGCAUCACAGUUGGAGAGUGGAGGAGCAUUACCUACUGUGAUCCCAUCUGUCCACUAAAUACCCAUUAUGAAUUGUGUGGCACAUCCUGUCCUGCAUCCUGCCCUAGUCUCUCGUUUCCCUUUCAGUACACCUUGCAGUGCCAGGAGGGUUGCCAGUGUAAUGAUGGACUUGUUCUGAAUGGAGAUCUGUGUGUGCCUCCAACAGGUUGUGGUUGCCACUAUGCUGGACGUUAUCGGCAGCCUGGAGAGCAGUUCUGGCAUGGUGAAGAGUGUCAGUCUUUGUGUGUUUGUGAUGGAAUUACUGGAAAUGUCCAAUGCACACCAUCAUCUUGCAGUGAACAAGAAGUCUGCCGUGUGGUGGAUGGAGAGUACGGCUGUCAUCCCAAUCCACAUGCUAGCUGUUCUGCUUCAGGAGACCCACAUUAUGUAUCUUUUGAUGGAACCUACUUUGAUUUUCAGGGCACAUGCAGAUAUGUGCUGGCCACAGUAUGUAAUGACACUCGUGGGCUUCCGGUCUUCCAGGUUGACGCACGAAAUGAGGCUUGGUGGGGAUCCUCAGUUUCAGUUACCGUUCAAGUAUUUGUCAAUGUCUCUGGGCAUCUUGUGAACAUGACACAGGACAUGAAUGGUUAUUCUUCUGUUCAGAUUGACGGAGAGAUCAGAAAUCUCCCAAUCCUACUUGACUCUGGCAGGGUAUCGGUCUACUCCACUGGAUCACAAAUAGUUGUUUCAACUGACUUUGGUUUCAGUGUGACUUACGGCUUCUGGGCAGUAAACAUCAUUGUACCUGCAGACUACAGAGGAGUUACCUGUGGACUCUGUGGCAACUUUAAUGGUCAUACAGAAGAUGACUUCAUGACUCCUUCAGGUUCUUUGGCACCUUCAGCAAAUCAAUUUGGAGCAGAAUGGAAGGUUGAGGAGGAAGUGCAAUGCAAUGAUAGAUCUGGAGAUGAUGGUCCAUUGUGCCAAGAUCAGAUCAUUGCUCAAAGUCUGUGUGAGAUCAUCAGGGACAACCAGGGCCCAUUCAGCUUCUGCCAUGCUGUUGUAGAUCCACAAGCAUACUUUAAUGACUGUUCAUUUGAUGUGUGCCUCUCUGGAAACAGUAAUGAUGUCUUGUGCCACUCUUUGGAAUCCUAUAUGAGGGCUUGUCAAUCUGUCAAUGUUGUUGUCUUCCCCUGGAGAGAAAGUGCAUCCUGUGUCAUGCCGUGUCAGUUAGAGAACAGUCACUAUGAGUUGUGUGGGACAGACUGCGGUCAUACGUGUGCCAGCAGUGUUGAUGCUAGCUGUGAACACACAUGUUCAGAGGGUUGUUUCUGUAAUGAUGGAUUUGUGAGAAGCUCAGGACUCUGUGUACCAGUAGAGCAAUGCGGCUGCUUGUAUGACGGAUUCUACUAUCAUAUUGGUGAACAGUUCUGGAAUUCAGAAUGUUCUCAACGCUGUGAGUGUUUUGGCCCGAAUGAUCUGCGUUGUUCUGAAUCCUCUUGCCCACCGACCAUGGAGUGUACAGUCAGAAAUGGACAUCGUGGCUGCUACGGCGAAAUGUCCACGUGUACAGUAUGGGGUGACCCUCACUACAUCACCUUUGAUGGGGCUGUGGCCCACUUUCAGGGAACGUGUUCAUAUGAGAUCGCCCAGACCUGUGGUAACGCUACUGAUGAAGAUCUGGAGUUCCGUGUGGUGGCCACCAACAGGCACCGUGGAAACAUGGCGGUGUCAUUUGUGUCUGUAGUGGAUGUUUGGUUGUCUCACCAUGGACAACAGGCACAAAUCACUAUUGGACAGAACAGAAGACUAAAAGUUAAUGGGAACUCCACUGACUCAUCAACUUUUCAAAUCAGUGAUCUUGUUGAAGUAUAUGAGGAGCCGGGAUUUGUGGUUGUGAAUGCAUUCAAUGAAUUCACCGUCCAUUUUGAUGGUCAGAGCACCCUUCUAGUCAGACUGAGCCAAGGUUUCCAUGGAUCCGUAUGUGGAAUGUGUGGCAAUUACAAUGGAGACCCAACAGAUGAUAUCGCAUCACCCAACGGAGAUCUUGCACCUAAUGAUAAUGACUUUGGGAACAGCUGGAUAUCAGACACCAGUACACCAGGAUGUGGUGCGAGCGAUCGGACCGGAGAUCCUGACGAGUGUCCAUUCAAACAGGAGUAUUCUGAUCUGUGCGGUAUUAUCAACAACACAACCGGACCCUUCCAGCAAUGCCAUCAUCAUGUUGACCCUGCACCGUACUAUUACUCCUGUGUGUAUGACCUGUGUCUCUACACAGCACAAAAUGGCAUGUUGUGUUCAGCUGUUCAGGCUUAUGAGGCGGCUUGUGUCGUAUUGGGCACACAGAUCCCAGAAUGGCGCUCCACUCUGCAGUGCCCUGAGAGAGAUCCCUGUUCUAAGCUCAACUGUACUGAAGAUGAAUGGUGUGGAGAGAACAACGGUGUUUACGGCUGUUUAUGCAAUGAGAACCAAACCAGAUCUGAUCCUGACUCUUUUGAUUUCUUUGAAACCUGUGAAAGCAGUACAGGAUCUAUAUCUAUAUCUCGCUGUCAGCUCUUUGAAGCUGGUUUUUCAGCUCAUGGCCUGCACCUCAAUGAUCCCAGCUGCAGAGGAAUCAUCCAGAACGGCCGAGUGGAGUUUAGUUUUGAUAACAAUGGACACACCUGUGGUACAAAUCUUAUGGCCAAUGGCACUCAUAUCAUCUAUGAGAACUUUAUUUUGGGAGCACCACGGUCAUCUGAAGGUCUCAUUAGCAGAGAGAGAAUUCUGCAGAUAUCUUUCAGCUGUGUUUACCCACAAACCCAAACACUUUCUAUGAUUGAAAUCAACCCACUGGAGAGUCGUGUGAACAAGAAUCUUGUUGGUCAAGGGAUGUAUCAGGUCCGAAUGAUCCCAUAUCAUGACGUUGGGUUCUCUCAGCCCUUCACUGGUAGUGUGGAUGCAGAACUCAACCAGCAGAUUUUUGUUGAGGUUCGUGUUGAUGGGGUUGACAGUCGACAGUUGGUCACAGUGAUUGACACAUGUUGGGCUACACCUGUGAAUGAUCCAGAUUACAGUCUGCGCUGGGAUCUCAUCACUGGAGAGUGUCCAAAUCCACAUGAUAACACAGUGAAGCUUCUUCAGAAUGGUGUCUCAACAUCCAGCCGUUUCUCCUUCAGGAUGUUCAUCUUCAACUCUAACGCCACUAAAGUUUAUCUGCACUGUGCUGUUCAUCUUUGUAUUCAGGCCAACAAUCAUUGCCAAGCUCACUGUGGCUCCGGAUAUCACCAGAGGGUCGGCAGGUCUCUGGACUUCCAUGACAGUUCUUCAAUAUCUAUGGGUCCUUUUGUCUUGUCUGAUAGAAAUGCAGACACAUGGGCUCCAGAAAAAGAGCCAUUGUCGGGAGCUCCAGGUCUGUGUGGUUGUUUGAUGAUACUGUUGGUUUCACUUCUGAGUGCCCUCACCAUCUUCUAGGACGUCUCCACAAUGCACAAUUUCUAAUUUCAAAAGUUUCUAUACUAAAGCUUAACAUUUGCUUUAUCAUAUCUGUUAUCUGAUUUUGUUUUCUAUAACACUAAUGAAGGAUUAGCACAGCACUUAUUUUGAUGCAUAUUUUUAGACUAUUCUGUCUUAUAUGAAGAAAUAAGAUUUAAAUUGAUUGUAGAUUUUCUUUUUUUAUUGUCUCUCCUUUAUAAAUGCUUUAUUGUGUUUUAAAAAAAAAAACAUAUUGUAAAAAAUAAAGUUCAUACCAAGCA